CUGAUUGUGUUGUUGUUAUGUCAGUUUUACUGUGAUGUCAAUAAAUGUGUGUGCCAAUAAAUAUUGUGAUUGUGAUAUAAAAGAUACAAUGGUAAUGCACAGUAAACACAUCCUUUUCAAUCCCUUAACUGUAUUAAUUGCCUUGGAUUUAAUUUCACAUAUGAGAGUGGUAAGUGCAAUCCAUGCACGCAGUGAAAAAGAAAUGCAAACAACAGCUGUCCAGUCGGUGGUGCCUAUUACUUCUCCAUCCUCUUUAACUGGUGCAUCAGCAGUAUCCACAGAUUUCAAUCCGCUUGGACCAAUGGUUAUGUGUUCGUUUUUGCCACGUGACUUUCUCGAUUGCAAAGAUCCAAUUGAUCAUGAAAACAACAAUACAGCCAGGGCAGUCAAAGGCUACGGAUGCUUACGUUUUGGAGGAUCUACGUAUGAAGAAGUAGAGCAUACUGAAGUUCUGUGCACAGUAUUUCCAGAUAUUGAUUGCUAUGGACCACGUACAUUUUUACGAGACGGUGUGCCCUGUGUUCGCUACACAGAUCAUUAUUUUGUGACAACACUUAUAUAUAGUAUUUUAUUAGGAUUUUUAGGUAUGGAUAGAUUUUGUUUAGGCCAAACUGGCACAGCCGUUGGAAAGUUAUUAACACUUGGCGGAGUUGGAGUAUGGUGGGUUAUUGACGUUAUCCUACUUAUAACAAACAACUUGCUUCCAGAGGAUGGAAGCAAUUGGAACCCUUACAUCUAAAAUAAGGAAUAUUUCCCAAAAUAUAUGUGAUAUAAUUCUAAUAAUAAAAAAAAAAUAUAUAUCCUUUCCAAUUAUUUAUACUUUAUUGGUCUACGUAACAUUAAUAAAUUUGUUGUUAAUAAUAAUCGCAGAUUUAAUCGUGUCACUCGUGAACAACAGAACAACGAUUAUUAUAUUACGUAAAGUAAGAUAAGAUUUAAUUUUGAUUUAGAUUUAAUCAGUAUAAGAAUAUCAACAAGUAUACAAAUAAAACGCAAUAACAAAUUUAAUAUUUGAGUAUGUAUAUAUAUGUAUAUUGUUGUUUAUUUUUAAUUAUUUCACAUAAACAUAUGGGAGGAUCUUAAGAUAUUUUUAAUAUUUUUCUAUAUAUUACUUAAGAUAUUUAGUUAUUAUCAAUCCUUGGAAUACCUGCAGAUAUCGCGCUUUCGAUUCCACAGUGAUCUUCACCACGCAAUAUCUUAAAGUAUCCAUUAUUUC